GACGUAUAUUAGUGGCGACGCGGUGGUUGGCGUGGCAACGACAGUAGCCAGGUUAGCUCAGGUUAGCUUAGCUGUCGACUUCAGAAAGACUCGUAAACAAAGCAGAUUAUUGUGUUGUUUUUGUCGAAAAUACUGUUGUUUCCUGCACCAGGCAGCACCGGAGAGCAUCAUUGUUUGUCGUGUGAGAUAGUGAAGAUGAUAGAUUCAUUUUUACCUUCUUUGGGGGCAAAAGUUGUUGUCGCUUCAUCGAGCGACGAAAAUCACCCUCCUGAAAACAUCACUGAUGGACAUACCAACAAGUUUUGGAUGUCCACCGGGAUGUUUCCUCAAGAGUUCAUCCUCCGCUUUGCUGAACCGACAAAUAUUUCUGCAGUGACAGUGGACAGCUAUAAUGUAAAGCAUCUAAAGAUAGAGAGGAAUACCUCACAGAAUGCCAAUCAAUUUGAGUCUGUUACAGAGAAAGAAUUUCAGCAAACAGAGGGACAUCUUCAGUCCAAUGCUAUUUCGCUAAAUGGGAGCAGUGCAACUCACCUUCGUUUUAUCAUCACCUCGGGAUAUGAUCACUUUGUCUCGGUGCAUCGAGUCAGUGUGCAGAAUUAACACUCCUGAGUGUUGUGGAUUAAACCCUGAUUUAUUUUAUGUACACAUUGCUAUAUGACAUUAUUAAAUCAUUGUAAAUAUGAAAA